AUGAGUUAUACCGAAAUCUGUGACAAAUUCGAGACUGCAGCAGUUCACGUCCGCUCCGGCACAGCAAUCGGUUCACAUCUCUGCACUUUUUUCAAGAGCUACAAGAAGUCGCUAGAUUUAUUUUCUCAACAAAUUCUAAAACAUGUAGAAAAUUUAUCAACAGAGCUCCCAAAAGACGCCCAAAACUCCACACUUAUCCCAGCACUAGGAGCAUUUGCGGCUCAUUUUAAAAGGAUUCUAAAUCAGCAGACUUCACUUUCGAGGUCUAUUCAAUUAGAAAUUAUUGACCCUCUUGACGCUUUUAUUUUGCAACUUAAUACAUCAAACUCUCAGUGUGUCAGCAAAGGGGCACCGACGUAUAGACAAUUGCUAAAGGCAAAGCAGAAGAUGGAAAAGCUUAAAAAUAAGCAUUUCAUUUCUGGCGAAAAAGCAGAAACUGCAGAAGCCAUGAUUUCAAUUGAUGCAACUCCUGAGCGGCAGCUGAAAAUGCAAAAGCAGGCGAAUUACUAUAGGCUCUUAGCAAACCGCGCUUCUGAAACAUAUGAGAAAUCAGUCCACGACGCAAAUUUGUGCUGAAACAAGUACGACUCGAUAAUCCCAGGAAUCAUGGUAUCUCUGCAGCAAAAUGAAGAAAGCAGAAUCCAUUUCAUUAAAUACACCCUUGAAAAGUACUCAAAACACCAUAGCAGCUUCCAAUCAAUUUUAAAAAGCAUUUUUACUGAGUUUGACAUACAAUUAGCCAAUAUUAACAGCGAAAUUGACGUAACCUCGUUUGUCGAAGCAAAUAAGUCGAAAAGAUAUAAAAACAGAGAAGAGUUUAUAAGCUAUGAAAGGUGGAAAAAAAUGAGUCUGGAGAGCAGAAUUGAAGAAGAGAAAUUAAAUGAGUCUUAUGAGAACUUAGAAGAGUCAGUAGUUAUUGCAGACGAAGACCCAGAUUUAGAGCUUGUGAACACUGUGCUUGAUUUUUUGGUGCCUAACAGCAGAAUCUUUACUGAAGAAGCAGAGGAUUUAAAUGCUGAAAAACCUGAAGAGAAAAAUUUAGACGCAAAUUACUAUGCAAAUCUUUCAGAGCUGCUACACUCCCAAGAAGGCAGAGAACUAUUUAUUGAUUCUUUAGAAAUCCGGAAAUCAAGUGAACCUGUUGGGUACUCAAAAAUCACACAAUUAGCGGCUCUUAUUAAAAGCUUGCUUACAAUGAUGAUGAUUGAAGACGACAGAGACCCAAAUAUUAUUACCAAAAUAGUCACUAUUUCUCACGAGUUUUUCACUGAAGACGAGUCAGGUAAAAAACUGUUUUUGUCAAGCUUUAUAUGUUCUCAUAAUAUUUGGGCAGAUAGAACACGGUGGGAAAGUGCCAUUGAAUUUGCAAUUCAGUCAAAAAUUGAAGCUGAUAUGGAAUCUCUCGCCAAACAGAGAAGGCGAAAUAGACGGUGGAGUAGCAUUUUCACUACCAUUAAGCAGCUUUUCCAAAAGGAUUUGUCACAGGAGCGGGAAAAGUCAACAGCAUUUUUGAUAGUCAGCCAGUUUAAUUUCCAUAUGAUUCAAAUGGGAGUUUCCCAUGACACAAUAAAUUCUAUUAUUUUGGCUGUAUGCCAAGACGUGAACUUGGAUUCAGAAAGGACAUGCAUUUUGCUAUCUGAAGUUAUAGGAACCAAAAAUCUAAACGGAAAAAUUUUCGAGCCUAGAAAAGUUUCAUCAUUAGAAAUUAGGAAUAAAGAAAGACUGAAAUUUGGGGUAUUGUUACCUAUAGGGCUAGCCAUUGAUUUUCUAGAUCCAUUAGAGUGUACUACAAUAGUGCUUGUCUGUAAAAAAUGAAAAGAAGUGCUGUAUAGACAUAUCAUUAAAAAAUGACUAACAGAAUGAGAUAUUUCGGAAGGGAAAAGAAAAUGCUUACUCCCCCUCUCCGUGAGUGAACAAAACUAUUAGAAAAAUCGCUAUUUUUUGCUCAAAAACCCACCCUCCGAACAAAAAUAUUUAUGGAAAAAAAUUUUGAUAUAUAAGUGAUAAUUAGCAUAAUAAAAUCUAGUGCUAAUUCUGUUUAAUUUUAAACGAACUGCUAUUUAAAACAUAAAUUUUAUAAAUUAAAUUAAUAUUUGCUUAUCAAUUUUUGCGAAUUAGGAUUUUUAUAAAAUUUUUUAUAUAUAAUUUUUUUUAAAAACAAAAAAUUAAACCCCCUCCGUGAGUGAACAAAAUUUGUUUUUGUUUACUCACGGAGGGGAGGAGUAAGAACAUAUGCGUGGGCUGAACUUUUGAAUGCCCAUUUACGACCUGUGGAGUACUCUCUUUUCUAUGAUAAAUUGUCUGCUCCAUCACUUACAUUAAAAAAAUACGAAGAAAUAAUCACUAUGGACGUAGCCAGGUCAUUCCAAAGCAACCAUAUUGUUGACGAAAAAUCCCUAUCAAAUAUCUUAAAGUCAUACGUCCUUUAUAAUCCUGAAGUAGGCUACUGUCAAGGGAUGAACUUUUUAGCUGGGACUUUGCUUUCCCAAAUUCAAGACGAAGAAUUAACGUUUAAGUGCCUGGUUGGGAUGAUUGAGAGGUUCCAAAUGAGCAAUUUAUAUAUUCACUCACUACCAAAACUUAAACAAUUUUUUUAUAUGCUGGACAGGAUGAUAGGGAUUUUUUUGCCAGAAAUUCAUGAGCAGUUUAAAAUAAUUGGGUUAUGCUCCAGUCACUUUAGUGCCCCAUGAUUUAUUACUAUGUUUGCAAGUACCCUUUUGGGUAAAUUUGAUAUUUUGUAUUGUAAUUGCCCGAGGAUGGCGCUAUCUUGCGCCAUCCUCGGGCAAAUUAAAAAAUGGCCCCACACCGGGAAUUGAACCCACGUGUGGGGCCAUUUUUGGUUUGUGGAAGUCAAUAUUCUCCACAUACCAAAAAUGGCCCACACGUGGGUUCAAUUCCCGGUGUGGGGCCAUUUUUGAAUUGCCGAGGAUGGCGCAAGAUAGCGCCAUCCUCGGGCAAUUACUAUAUCCACUAUGGGAUUUGUUUUUAUUGGAAGGGUGAAAAGUGAUUUUUAAAGCGUCUAUGGCGAUAUUGAAGAAAGUGUCGCAGGAAAUGUCAGGGAAACAGUAUGAAGAUAUCAUGUAUUUAUUGGCAAAUAUUCAUUCUGCUUCGUGCCCAAUUAGAGUAUUUGAUGAUCAAUUUUUGCAGGAAGUUAAAGAUAUGGAGAUCUCCAAUGCAUUGCUGAGAGACUUAGAAUCAGAGUAUGAGCAUUUAAAAAUCAGAGCGUAUAAUAGAAGUACAAAAUAA